AUGCCUUUGUACAAGUGUACUGAGAAGGAUCCUGUGAAGCCCAGAAUUUUGAAGAAGGAAUUUAGUGAGGUCACAGUUGGCAGUGAUGGCUUCCCAGCCAUGUUGGCUACAUCAGGAUCAGAAAGCCAAAGUGAAGCAAGUAUCCCAGAAAGCUUGGCCCACAGCCACCCUCCAGUGCUGAAAAAGGAUUGGAGGUCCCAAGCUGGCAGAGAGCUUAAGAAGAAGCCAGCAGGCAAAGAAGUGGCACAGAGCAGCAAGAAGGUGGAAAAAGGGCAAGGCCUUUACAAAAGGGAUGAAAAGACCAAGCAGCAUGGUGUCUCACAAAAGUCAUCACCAAGCAGGAGCAAGAGUGUGCACAGGACAGGAAACAGAAAAGACAGCUGGGAAGAGUGGGAGUGGGAAGAUGGAGGCUGGGAGAGGCGGUCAUGGCAAAACAAGCCAUGGUGGGAAAAGGGUGAUAGCAGGGAAAGGGAGGAUUGGGGUGCAGGAAAGCUUGGAGAAAGCACAACCUCUGGCUCAUACAGGGAGAGGCAGAGGCUGCACCACAUACAGGCAAAACAUGGCCAACCAAGAAACCAGGAAGAGCUCGACCUGCAGAGGCUGAGUGCAAUGGGCCAAAGCAGGUUCAAAAGGCUGGCAGACAGGAAAGAAAGAAGGGCAAAGGAAGAGGCUGCCAAGCAGGAAGCCUUCCAAGCUGGUGCCAACUGGCACUCUGCCAGCACCUCACCUGCAAAGGGUUCCAAGCCCAAGGGUAAAGGAACCUCACCCAAGGGUAAAGGAACCUCACCUGCUGGGACAAAGGGUUCCAAGCCCAAGGGCAAAGCAAGGCCCAACAAUAAGAAAGCCUUGCUCAAGGUGUUCCUGCAGAAUGAGGGCAAUCUCAAAAAGAAUGAUCACUUUAUGAAGGAGAUGGUCAGGCUGACUGAAGUGAGUGGAAAGAAGGAAAAGGAACAGUGGGUCCAGAGGGGCAGCAUCAAGGUCAGGAAAGACCCUAAAGACCUAGCAGAGUGGCAAUUUGCACUUGAGGAGGAAAUCAAGUACAAGACCACAGAGGAAGCACAUGAGAAGCAAGCUUGUGCCUCUGGGAAGGCAGAGGCAGUUGCCUUCAUGAAGGUCAAAGCAGCUGGCCUCAUGGGGAUGGAUGACCCAUCUGGUCUUGCUGAGCAGGCUUUGGCUGAUGUGGGUGCUGGGAACAAGAAGUCUGUCCUGGCCAUCAAAGACAAGGAUGCAUCCACACAUGAUGAGGUGGAAACAGAGGCAGAGCCAAGCCCAAAGAAAAAGAAAGCUGCAGACCCUGAUGCUGAGGAGGCUGAGCUCCUAAGUGACAUAGGUGCCAGCAGCAACAAGGAUCUGGCCACAAAGAGGGUUCUAAAGAUGGUGGCUCUGUUGGAGAAGGUGAAAAAGGAUUCAAAGGUGGACUCCAGCACACCCAAGGGCAAAAAACUGCUGGAUUGCCUGCAGGAGCUCAAGAAGCUGCAAAAGACUGGCACCAAGUUGAACAUGGAAACAGCCAAGCAGCAGCUCUUUGAAGAGGCUUUUGUUCAGGCAAGUGUUUGGCCCAAAUACAGCCUUCAGGAAGAAGACCUGUGCAAAAGGGUCUUUUCAGCCCUGGAUAAGGGCAAAGCCUUGAGGAAAGGCUACAAAAUAGGCCCUUCAGUGCAGAGCUUAGCUUUUGCAGCUGCAAAGUCUGGAGUGACUGCUCAUGACAUACAAGACCUUUCCAGCCUGGGAAACUUUGGGAGGAAUCAGAACCAUGUGGCUGGCCAAUUGACAUCGAAAUUUUGCAAGAGUGAAGAGUUGGAUGUUCCUUUCCCCUACUUCUUUGAAGCUCCUGUAAUGAAAAAAGGUGCAGACAAGUGGUUCUUGGCCACUGAGAAGUUGGCAGUAUUCCUGCCUCAUGAGUGGUUUGCAUGGAUGCAGAGCCACUCCAAUGUGUCAGGAAUAAGCCAGCUGCAAAAUUUGUGGGAAGAACAUGAUCCAUCAGACCCCAAGCUACACAACAGCACACUCAAAAGCCAAAGGGACCAGUGCCUGCCCUUAAUGGUUCAUGCUGAUGGGGGUGCCUUUCAGAAAUUUGACUCCAUCACUAUCAUCUCAUUCAGAAGCUUGCUGAGUGAUGAGAAUGUAUCAUCUUCUCAGAUGCUCCUAGCAGCUGUUCCCAAAUCCUGCCAGAACAAAACUGCAGACUUCAAGGAUGACACCAUGUCAGCAGUGUGGGAAGUACUCACUUGGAGUUUCUCACAUCUAUUUUAUGGCAAAUACCCAGAACAUGAUCACCUGGGCAAGGCAUGGCCCCAGAAGUCUCAGAGGGCAGAGAAAGCUGGCAGUCACCUUUGGGAAGACAAGCUCAGAGGCACAUUGUUCCAGUUCAGUGCUGAUGGGGAGUUUUUACAAAACGAUCUGAGACUGCCAGGGUGGUCACAUUCAUCUGUCUGUGUGCACUGCAAAGCAAACAAGUCCUGCACACCACACAAUGAUUAUCGGCCAAAUGCAAAGUGGAGGUCAUCUUUGGCAAAGCCUGGCACACCUCUGCCUGGUGGGCAUCCUGUGUCUAAGGUUCCUGGCCUGAAUAUAUUCACUGUGGGCUAUGACACUUUGCACUGUUUGGAGGAGGGUGUCAGUGCACACACCUUGGCAAACUGCCUAUUUGAUUUAAUCAUUAAACCAGGUGGCCUUGGAGCUGGGAGUCAAGAUCAAAAUUUGCAGAGAAUGUACAAGCUUAUCAGGCAGCAAUAUCUUGAACUUGGCAUUGAGUCAAGCAAUCAGAUCAAAAAAUUGACCCUGUCCAACUUCACUUGCAAAAACCAGAAGUAUGACAGAUUUCCUGAAAUCACAGGGUAUAAAGCCAGACACAUUCGCUACCUGGUCCCAGUCAUGAAAGAGAUCAUUCAGGAAUACACUGACCAUGAAGAUCCCUAUUGCAAACACAGGUGGGAGUGCCUGGUGAACCUCACCCACAUGUAUGACUUGAUGGAUUCAAAUGGUCUUCACAUGAGCAAGGAAGACAGCAAGGCAUUCAAGAAGGUCUGUGACCUGACUCUUUUGCAUUACUCUCGAUGUGCAAAGCUAUCUAUUGAUCAAGGAUUUUUACAAUGGAACACUGUGCAUAAACACCACUUAGUGGCACACAUGGGGUACCAAGCAGCCUUCAUGAACCCUCGCUUCAUGAGUACAUACUCAGGAGAAACCAUGGUUGGCUAUCAAGCUAGUCUUGCUCACAGUUGCCUAAAUGGCAGUGCACCACACUUGGUGGCUGAGAAGGUCCUCUGGAAGUUUAGACUUGGCUGGCACCUGCGCAUGGAGAGGAGGCUUUGUCUGCAGCCAGUGAUGACUCUUGAAAGCCUUGAACAAAAGGCAGUGCCUUGCACAAAGGCAAUGCCCUGA